AUGACUUGCAUGAAAUUGCAGUCACUUCAAAGUGCAGCACGGCGCGCUGGAACAUCCUGUGCAAAUUGCAAAACAACCACAACAACACUAUGGAGAAGGAAUCAAGGUGGUGAACCAGUUUGCAAUGCCUGCGGACUCUACUAUAAAUUACACAACGUAAAUCGACCGUUAACGAUGAAGAAAGAAGGAAUUCAGACACGAAAUCGUAAGUUGUCAUCAAAAUCAAAGAAAAAGAAAGGCGUUGGUGGAUGUCUUCCUAUGGGUCAUUUGGGUGAUUUGAUGAAGCCACUGGAUGCCAAACCAUUUCCAGGUGGAUUUUCCGCUUCGAUGGGCCAACAUGGACAUCUCUCUAGCGGUUUACAUCCAGCUCACACUCACAUGCAUGGUGGAUGGUACACGGGAAUGGGUGCACUUGGAGCAUCGAGUAGCCUUCAAAGUGGAUUUGCAUCAGCUGGUUCCCUUGGUGGUGGUGUUGUGCCACAUUCGCAGUCUUAUCAUCUAGGACUCAAUUCAAUGGGCGCAUGGAGAUCUGAAUACACAUGAUGGAAUAAUUCACAAAAUAUCAACAAUCACCAUCAUCACACCUAUGGCAACACGUUGAAUAAUCUAAAUAAUAAUAGCGAUAUUCUAAUGAACUCUAAUCAUAAUUUAUUUGAAUUAAAUAAUAAUUUAAUUGAUAACUGUAGUGAUACGUCGACGCCGAAAUUACAAAUUACAGCAACAAUAGCAACAAGUCAAGUACAAAACAUUAAUUCCAUACAAAAUAAUUAAAUUCAUUUUUUCUUUCCAUUUCUUUUGACUUAACGGCGUGCUUUCGCGCGAUUUUUCUUUUCCUUGAAGCAAAAUAAAAAUAUUAAAUCGUUUAACACUUCAACAUUGUUGUGUCCC